GAAUAAGUUAGCGGCAGGCGGUUUGCAGACUGCUGCUGUGGUACCGAUGUCGAGGUUCAACGUAUUGAGUCUUCACUCGAUCUUGUUCCACUUGUGACGACUCUUAUAUCUUGAAUCAGUACGCCGGAAUGGCGGUUUAUCUGGUAUCUAUCGGCCAGCAAAUCGUGACAGGUGAUUAAAAGUUGUAGAGCAGAAAAGCUGCAUAUGGGAAUGGUCGUUUCACUCAAUCAUGCUGGACCAACCACUUCGCACUCGUGUUGACCACAAAUGGUGAGUCGCACAGGAGUGAUUCUUUUUGGCUUUGUGCCUCUUCAGAUGCGUCACUGCAUGCAGGUGGCCGAGCCGUAGCCGUUGCCUACAACGGCUGAAAACUCCCAAAAAAGAUGCCGCCUUUGAUGAAGAGGUGACCGUUCCUCGUUUUCGGGAGUGCAAAAAACUCCUCCUCGUUUUCUUGCACUCCGUGGUUCAUCCUCGUCAGUAGAGGGAAAUGGCGACAACGUCUACGUACCACCGGCUUUUGCGCAAGGCCAGCGCCGAGCUCCUUGCGUCUGCGACGGGCGAUGGAGAGCAAACUAGAAGUGCAGACGAUAGUACAACCAAUGCAGCGACCCGGACUUCUGGCAUAUCAGGAUUAAAUGCAGAUCUGAAAGACGUGAUUGUCGAUCGUACCACUCGCACCGCUCUCGUGAUUUUCUUUGCAACGGCAAUUAUCACCCUGGUUUCUGCCGCCUUGCUAAUCCUUGUCUGGGUCAUUGCCGGGAUAUGCUACUUCCUCACCUUCCUCUUCUGGCACCACCUGAAAAUCUUUGCUGCGAUGGGCUUGUUUCCGAAGGUCAGCGUGUCUGCGAAAAUUCUCCACUCAAUCGCCGUCGUGCUGCUCGGUUUCUACGCCUUCUUCGGCAAUCAUAUUCACAAGUGGGCCGAGAAGAAGUUGGGGGUUGCAAAAAAUUCCAGUUCGGAGGCGGAGAAGCAGAAAAACUUUCGGGAAAAACUGCUCGCUUCCUUCCUCCCCGGGGGUGCCGAUGUGGAUAACGAAGAAGACGAACUAGAGGCGCAGAGUCAGCAGACCGCGACUGGGAACAAAAAGGCGUCCUUUCUGCGAUUGGUUCUUACACGGUACCACGAAGAAAGCAAAAACACGAUGCUGGUACAAUAAAAGGAAUAUGAUGUUGAUUUCUCCUGAUCAUCGUUUACUUAACCUUUGAUUUUUUCAUUAUCAUUUGUGCACUUUCUGCAGGGAGAAUCCAUGCUUCGCCAGAAAUGAUCGCAAGCGCAAGCAAACCACUCCUUACAGAUCGAAUCCUGCUCCGGCCUCCUGAACCUGGCCGCUUUUCUGUACUUGAGUUACUACCUGUACCCGAAGUCCCUGCAGAACCAGCGGGACCCGGUCAGUUUUAUCUGGUGGCUGAAGUGGCACACGUUCCUCUGUGCAGCAAUCUUCUUUGCUUUCCGGCUGCCGAUCUGGUUUUCCCUGGAGUAUUUGGCGAAUAGUUGUGCUUGCGUCUUUGACGAAGACGAUGAUGAGUCCGGUGCGCUGGAGAAAGCAAUGGGUGUGGAUGACGAAAACCGGGGAAACUACAGCUACGGCGCUGCUGCGACGGCAGGAACUACAUCGCCACCACCGACAGCAAGCACCACGGCGAGGACAAGUGCGGAUAAUGUAUGAUACGGCAAGAGGGACCUUUUCCUAGUUUUGGUCGCUGAUAUUCACCUCGUUCGGGUUUCAAAGUCCUCAUACUGGGGCGGAGAUUGUCGUUAUGAAGUAUGUUUCAUAUGAACGGUUUCUUUCGGAAUUGCAAAAGUCGCGUUUUUCUUUUUUCCACCUGCUGAAGACUCAGCGAGUUAGGAUGCACAGACAAGGCUCAUGUCAUUCUGCUGUAGCACAGACAAAGUACAGCUGGGUUUCAUUCCAUCAAGAAAGAAACACAGAGCUUGAGGCGGAGCUUGACGCUGACGCACUCAAGUGCAAACUGUCAUCUUCCGCCGAGCUCGCAACAAGGUGAUGGUACUAAUUUCGGCAAUGCACAUGCGUACUAGGGACAGUUCCUUCCUCCAACGCAACGUGGAUGUGCCUCAGAAGAUAUCCACCGCACAAGCUCCUUGGGGUGUUGCGUACAGACGAC